AUGCCUCGCUUUCAUGAUAACCAAAUAGAGCACAGAGCGGACCGACAGCUGGGCUUCAAGUUUACUGAGGGAAACUCCAGCUCCAACUACGACCUUGACCAGUUCAAUAAGCAUGAGUGUUACAGUAACGCUGAGGAACCUGAUCCGUUUGCCUCUUCAGGCUGUGGAAACUCUAGCUGUGUGACCCUAAAACAGAGAGAAGGCCAGGCCCCGCUUUCCACCAGGGGGCCUCAGUCAUACAGCGGGACACACAGCUCUGAGUUUGCAUUCACCCUGAAACCUUCAGCCCCAGUCAAGCUGUCUCACCCUGCCUCCCAUUCCUCCUCUUCUGCUCCUCUUUCUCCUCCCUCCUGGCCCCCACAGGCCCACCUGGACUCCCAGUCAGCCCUCUCCCUCCAUGAGGGGCGGGGGGAUGUGCUGGGGGCCCUGGAUACGGACCCCCAGCCUCUUCAGCGUCAGCUUCACCGCCCCUGCCACGAUGUGUCAACUUUGACAGAUCUUUGUUCAGACCUGCCAGAGUUGGAGAUCGUGAGCCUGCUAUCAGAGGGUCAGCCCAACUACACUCUUCGAGCAGACAGUGUGUUUGGGUAUGACAGUGAUGACUGGCUGCAUACCCCCCUGCUGCCACCAGACGUUGUUCUGGGUCUCACACAUGAGCAGAUUGAAGAAACAUUCAAGUACUUCUUGCUGUGCUCAGACAGAGUGGGCCAGGUCACCAAGACGUAUCAUGACAUUAAGGCUGUCACCCACCUGCUGGAGGAGAAAGAGCGGGAUCUGGAGUUAGCAGCGCGGAUUGGUCAGUCCCUCCUCAAGCGAAACCAAGAGCUCACAGCACGCAAUGAAAUGCUGGAUGAACAGCUUGAAAUUGCAAAGGAGGAGAUUGCUCAACUUCGUCAUGAGCUCUCAAUGCGAGAUGACCUCCUUCAGUUCUAUGCCAGCACCGAGGAGGUCGAGAACGCUGAGUCGCACCCCCCAGUAAAAAGGAACGAGUCGUGCAGUUCUCUCAGUGACUUGGUCCACUACGACUUCUUGCAGCAGAAACUGAAGGGUUUAGAGGAGGAGAACCGCAGGAUGAGACUAGAGGCCAAUGAGCUCACAACAGAGACGACCAGCUAUGAGGAGCAAGAACAGGAGCUGAUGAUGGUGUGUGUGGAAGAGCUUUCCUCUGUCAAUAAGCAUGUGGUCGACCUGUCAGAGGAGCUAGCACGGAGAGUAGAGGACUCUCUCCGACAGCAGGAGGAGAUCAGCUCCCUGCUCGCUCAGAUUGUGGACCUGCAGGCCCGCUGCAAAGGACUCGCCCACGAGAAUGAGGAGCUGAACCAGCACCUGAAUGCCUCCCGUGAGAACCAGCACAGACUUAAAUCAGAGCUCAAGGACCUGCAGGACAAAUACUCCGAAUGUGAGGAUAUGCUCCGCGAGGCCCGAGAGGACAUUAAAAACCUGCGAAACAAGAGCCUGCCCAACAGCACGGUGCAGCGGUACACUGCUCUGGCCUCUGUCCUCCCCAUGGACUCACUGGCAGCCGAGAUAGAAGGCACCUUCCGCAAAGGCCUGGACACCACAGCUCCCUCAGAAUACAAGAACCACCCAAAGCGUGUGUUUGAAACAGUGAAGGUGGCCAACAAUGCCGGGAGGCUGCGGUCUCGGUGCCAGUCCCCCGGGCUGCCGGGCUCCAGUCCAGUGUCCACUCGCCCCAGUUGCAGCAGCACUCCCCGAACCAGCUACUAUGGGUCUGAUAAUGCCAGCAUCACUCUGGAGGACAAGCCCAAUAACGCUCAGAAAGAUGACCACAGUGUCAGCGGGCCAAAGCGUCUGGGCCAGCCAGGUACGCCCGGAGGCCAGGACCUCGAAGCUGCUCUGCGCAGCCUGUCAGCACGCCAGCAAAGCCACUGCUCUGAGCAGCCUUUCUUCCUGUCAGCACGCCAGCAGAGCCACUGCUCUGAGCGGCCUUUCUUUGAUGUCGAGCGAGAGCGUAAACUCUGUGCUUUGGUAGCAGACUGUGAGGAGGGCGAGGGCUCCAGUGGCUUCCUCACCCCAAAUUACAGCCUGGCAUCCAGCCCUGCAGCAUCGACGGGCACCAACUACUCCAACGGCAGCUCACGACACUCCUGUGGCUCCUCAGGAGGAUCCAGGUCCGACCUGCCCGACCGCCUGCAGAUUGUCAAACCUCUGGAAGGCUCAGUGACUCUGCACCAGUGGCAGCAGCUGGCCAGGCCAAACCUGGGAGGCAUCCUGCAACCACGUCCGGGUGUCUUGACUAAAGACUUCAUGGAGCUCGAGGUGGACAUACAGCAGGUCUACAGCCUCAAUGACCUGGAGGAGGAUGAGCCUGACCUGUCGCAGCUCUCUGGAGCAUACGGCACGGUCUCUCCAUCCAGUCCCAACCUCCCCCAGACCUCUCCCACACAUACCAUUACCACUUGUCACGUCCUCCGACCCUCCCUCCUCAUGCCCUCCAUCUCCACUAGCCUUCACUCUUUCGGCCUGCCAUCUUGUCGGAACUGUGAGCACGUAAGCAUGUCUCCAUCCCACCAGCAGCACUUUGGCCUGGGAGACCAGACCACCUCCACCACGACCACAAACAUAACCAGUUCAUCACUGGGACUCCUGCAGCUGCUGCAAGAGCACGGCAUCUCGGCCUCUCUGUAUCCCCACCACAACCUGCACUCAUACUACCAACCUGCAUCUUACAGCCAUAGCAUAAAACCUUCAUUCUCCACAGAAAAAGACAAAGGGGGAGGGUCAUCAGCAGACAAAGAAAGAAGAAGGAACAUUUUCAGUUUGAACUUGGUGGGGAAGCUUCAGAGUCUUGGGUUGCACAGAGUGGCAGCCUGGGGGCUGAUGGGUUAUAAUGGCAAAGAGAGACAAGCAGUUGGGCAUCCUCCGAAAGUCUGAGGGGCCUGAUCCACCAGGUAUUCUCUCAUUCACUGUAGUGACUUGACGUCAGGCCAAGUGAUCACCACAGCACUGGCAUCCUAAAAACAAAAACCACAAAAUAUAGAGCUAUAUUUGAGUUUUUGGCCAUAUACAGUACUGUUUUUUUAUGAAUUUGUGUACUGUAGAUAAAUUCAUUGUGUGUGGGUGACAUCUUCAUCUCAGGACAAUCACUUGAUCACUGAUCACCAGUCUGUUUGACUCACUCAUUACUUAUUUUACAUAAAAAGAAACCUCGUAGAGAAAAACCUUUUAUAUUGUAUUUUGUGAAUGUAAUUUUACAGUGUUCCCUGUCACUGGUUUUAAAACUCCUGCCACUCGACUUUCCUUUUUUUUUAAUGUUUCCAAAGUGAAGCAUCACUUCUGUGUAUAUAAGAAAGUUGUCAUUUGGGAAAGUUAAACUAGACUAUGUGCAGUAAAUUAUUAUUUAAACCCACAAACCAAACUAAUGUCACACUGAAAUCUUUCAGAUGCACUAAAAUACACUCUGGUCUUCCUGCAUAGUGGCUGCUAUAUUAAGAAAAGCAUGUUGUGUAUAAGAUCCAUGUGAAUAAUACUUGAGAAACUCACUGAGAAGCAAUGCAAUGACACCAGCUCCAAACUGGGCCAGAUGUUACACUGACUGAAUUGAAUGAUGUUGCCCUGCAGUUCCUCACCUGCUUCUCAAUUCAUGGACCUCAGCGAAACUAAACUGGGUUUGCAAUGCUGCAUCAAAGACGGUGAAUGGGAAUUUUAGAAGCAAUAUGUGCAUUUACUGUUCAUGCUUGUACAAAUCUGCUUUAUUUCAUGUUAUCAGGAAGUUUGAAGCUUCUGGGAUAUAAAAGAAAUCAAAAUAGUUUGGGGCAUUUUAAAGUGGAUUCUCUAUGAUUGUCAGGGGAGUCCUUAUUUAAAGACAAGUUGGAUAGAGUGGUCAUUAUUAUUUAAACAGCAUGUUUCUGUCAGAACAAUCAAAUGACGCAAAAAGGCAUAGGAUAUUGUGGAUUCAAAAGGGAAGAAGUCAUCGACACUGGUUUUAAUCAUUUGUGCUUUGACAUUAAUCAGCUAAGCCACUGUUCUCUGCACUGCUGUCUGCUGUAGUCUGUGUUAGCAUCACUGCUAUGUACUGUACUGUAUGUCGGUGUAUGUAUAAGUCGUACCAUCUAUGAAUAAAACUUUUUGAUCCAG